GGUUAAAAGUUUGUUGUUUACUAUAAUGCUGUCAAGGAAUUAGAAAAUAAUGCAUUUAUGUCUUCCUCUUUGGCUCAUUUUUCUUUUGAUAGAAUGCUGAGCUAAUCUGGGAAGCUGUGACACUUACCUUCAGACUGAAGACCCAUGACCGGGUAGAAAUGCAUUAGUACUUGGAGUAUUUAACAGAAAAUAUAAGUUCUAGGAGGGUUAAAUCACCUGGCAGACUUCAAACACUGAGCAAGUUUCAGUUUGAGUUGGGUAUUGUGGUAGCCAUUUAAUUUACUGUGAAGGAUUAUGCACAGUGAAUUUCUUAGAAAAACCAGUUAAUUUGUAUUGAGGUUUUAAACAAUGAUCUGUUCUAUUUUCAUCUUCUGUUGAGGUAAAAAAAUUACUAUUCAAGUAUUUUUAAGCACUACUUUUCAACUUGCAGGUGGAUACAGGCACACAGAUGGCAGAUAACAGGUAUGUUGGCUGUUUUCCUGAAAUUAAAUCAAGGUGGGUAGAGCCAACUGUAUAUCUGGUGUUCUGCAGGAGAGGUUUUUGUUUGUAUUUUUUAACCUGUGAAGAGUGGAUUACCAGACUUGAAUAAAAAUAAAAUGGUAAUAUUUUUCUAAAUGCUCUGAAGAGCUGAAGAGCCUUAGUGUUUCUCUGAUCUGUGUGAUUUAAGCAUGCAAAAGGCACCUUUUUUUUUCCUAGUUAAUGUAGUAUUUUUUGAGCAUACAGUAUUUCUAUGGAACUGCUGCAAGUCGAUAUGUGCUGCUGCUCUUCUGAGGCUUGCAGUACUGGAUAAGCUGGUCUGUCCAUACCUGAUAAUACCCAGACACGUACGUGAUAUCUCUUCUGGUAUUGUGUGUGAGUUAGGGUUAAUUUCAGCAAUAUCUGGUGUGCGUUUUGUGACCUCUAAACUGUCAGGGAGCACAGGGAAUACUGGCUGGCUGUUGACUCAAGCUGGGCCCUCUCCUCCAGCACAGGAAGUGAGAUGGAAGACAUUGCAGCUGGGAGAUGGGGAGGCCAGGGACAUCCCUUUUAGAAUAGGAGUGAAUGUUUUUAUCAAAACUGUUUGUUAGAGAAGUUGGAAACAGAGCUUUUAUCUCUUGUUCAUCUUCCUUUCGUACCUGCAUCCUUUCUCAUGUUCUUUAUCACUUACACUGAAAGUGUCUCGUAUUUUCAUUUGUGUAAUAACAUUUUCUUGUGCAAAGUGAAUGGCCACAUGAUUCACAGACUGAAUCCUACACAUGAAUGGCCAGCCGUUCACUUAAUGAGAUGAAUUUAUCUGUCAAAGGUUUUUGUUUUGCCUUUGCAUCCCUUUCAUUUUAGAUCUAGUUUCAUAUCCAAACUUUGGAGUUUUCACAAGCUUGAAGACAUAAAUGUCUUUUAUUGGCAUACUUGUCUAUAAAACUUGUCUGUAGUAAACCAAAAAUACAGAAUAACUUGUUCUUGAAUGCUGACUUUUAUGUAAUGUGAUACUAUUUUUAUGUGUUACCCUUUGAAUUCUUUUAGUAAAACAGAAGAUACUGCUUCAGAGUCUCUGGAGGCUGCUAAAAAUGCAACCAACAAAAAAGAAAAGCUGGCAGACCAAGUGAUGCAAAAUCCACAGGUCCUGGCAGCUCUUCAGGAACGUCUUGACAACACAUCAAUCACUCCUUCAAGUUACAUUGAAAAUUUUCCAAAAGCAGUGAUAAGAAGAAUUGAUGCCUUGAAAAAGCUCCAGGUGAAAUGUGCCCAUAUAGAAGCUAAAUUCUAUGAAGAAGUACAUGACUUGGAGAGAAAAUAUGCAGCACUCUAUCAACCUCUUUUUGAUAAGAGAAGAGAGUUUAUUAAUGGGGAAGCUGAACCCACAGAUGCAGAGGCAGAAUGGCACAGUGAAAACGAGGAUGAAGAAAAACUGGCUGGAGACCUGAAAAAUGCAGUGGUAAUAGAUGAAAAAGCAGAAGAGACAAAUGUCAAAGGAAUUCCAGACUUCUGGUUUACUAUCUUUAGGAAUGUAGAUAUGCUAAGUGAAUUAGUACAAGAAUAUGAUGAACCUAUCUUGAAACAUCUGCAGGAUAUUAAAGUUAAAUUUUCUGAACCAGGACAGCCUAUGUCUUUCUCAUUAGAGUUCCACUUUGGGCCCAAUGACUACUUUUCUAAUUCAGUCCUGACAAAAACAUACAAGAUGAAGUCGGAGCCAGACAAGACAGAUCCCUUUUCAUUUGAAGGACCUGAAAUAGUUGAUUGUGAGGGGUGUACCAUUGACUGGAAGAAAGGAAAAAAUGUUACAGUUAAAACAAUCAAGAAGAAACAGAAACACAAGGGCCGAGGCACAGUUCGGACAAUUACUAAACAAGUACCUAACGAUUCAUUUUUUAACUUCUUCAGCCCAAUAAAGGUAUCUGGUGAUGGAGAGUCAUUGGAUGAAGACUCGGAAUUCACUUUAGCAGCAGAUUUUGAAAUUGGACACUUCUUCCGUGAAAGGAUAGUCCCUCGUGCUGUGCUGUAUUUCACUGGGGAAGCUAUAGAGGAUGAUGAUAACUUUGAAGAUGAUGAAGAAGGUGAAGAGGAGGUGAGAUGCACACUGUAUUUUUUAUAGAUUACUGAUAACUUAUUCCAUUCUAGUGCCAGGAAUAAUUCUAUAUGGAGCAGAAAACACUUGUUCAUAAAUGCUCUUGUGCGUGGUACUUCUUUCCAAAAGAGUUCAGCAUUCAUGACUUGCAAAACUGCCUGGUUUUUCUUUUCUUAAAAAUAUUUUCUGCAAGAGCAUAUAUCCAUUUUUUAUCUAGUAUUCUGAAAGCUGUUUUCUAACAUGACUCAAAAAUUAAAGGAAAGCAUUUUUUUGUAGAAUGCGGCAUGAUAAAUAUUUGUUCCUUAGGUGGUAGUGCAACUCAGCUGUCAGCUUUUAGUUGUCGUAAGCUUGAAGACUGAGUCUUACCAAAUGCAAAGUAAAAAGAAGUAUGCAACUAUUCAGCAUAAGUAAUUUAGGCUGGCUCUGGUCUAUUUGCAAUAGUGUUGUAUGAACACGUGCUAUGAAACGCUUUGCACAAAACCAUUAAAUGUUACCAUUACCACACUUAAAUGAACUAAUAUCCUUUACAUUUUUUGCUUUACUGCUUUUACUGUGCUGUUCUUGCUAAUUUGUCAAAGGUACUGAUCCCUGACUGUUGUCAGCUUCAGCACAGCAGAGUACAUCAGAGGUUAUCAAGCUGCUGAUCUGAUGUGAGCUGGCAGCCUUCAGCAUGCAAUCUCUUUUUUUGUCUGUGCUUAGGCUGUUGAGUGACUAAACACUUGUACAUUUUUAUUUUUUUAAGCUGGGCAUUGAUAGAAGUGUGUAUGAGUAUUUUUAAUUGGUUUCCAGUGCCAGAUGUUAUCACUUAGAUGUAGCUGUGUGUAAAAUUGAGUACAAAAGCCCUACAUAGGAAUGCAUAGCCAGUCCACAACAAGCUAAAUAAACAGACUCUUUGGAGGGAGACUGAAACAAAGAACAAAAUCAGGCAUAUAUACCUAUUACCAGAACUAAAAUUCCAAAUAAUUUGUUAGGUAGAAGUUUAAAAAUUGCUGUGGGACCGCAGCAUCAUACAUAGGAAGAUUGCCUUUAGCCAUACUAAGACCUUUAUAUCAUGUUUUAAAGAUUUUGCAUGUAAAACUUGGAAGAUGCUGAAUUCUUUUAAAUCAGCCCAAUACUGACAUCUGAAACACUCUGGAAUACAGUGAUAAUUUAAUUUGCUACUUUGCUUUUUGUCCAUUACAAAAAGUUGCACUUUUAACCUGUUUUAAUUUCUGUUAGUUUAUCUCUAUUUUGUCAUAGGAGUUGGAGGGGGAAGAGGAGGGAGAAGAGGAGGAAGAUGCAGAGAGUGAUCCCAAGGUGUAAUAUAAGUCUGUUAUUCAUUCAUACAUUUCUAGAAAGAGUCCAGCCAACCUGCUGAAUGCAAACAACAGUAAUAAGGAAAUACCACUUGGAAGUGAUAUUUGAACAACUUGUAACAAAUAGUUGGAUACCUGGCCUGCAGUUCAGGAUAUUCUAUCGCUGCAGCACAAUCUUAUUAACAAUGCUUAAAAUUAAUUUGUUUUAAAAUGCAUGAUUUUCACUAACUUUAUUGCUUAACAUGUACAGUGGCAACUUCAAUGCAUUUGGGAAAUAUGAGGUUUAAAUAAAGCACACUCUACAGCCUUUGGUACACUGUAACUAAGUAUGUCAAUAGGCCUCUAGAGCCUUCUGCCCUACGCAUAGGGGAAUAGUCCAGACUACCAUGUGAGGAUUAUCCAUUUUCUUGCUCAACAUUGAAAAUUGUGGAAUAGCAAUGUGCUAAGAAGCUAAAGUAAAUGGAUUACAUGUAUGGUAGCUGAAACAGAUAGAGCAAUAUGACUUUUUUGCUAGUUCCCUCCCCCCUUUUUUAAUGUUUCUCGCAACCUACAAAUUGAACUAGUGCUUGAGCAGCUUUAAAUGUCAUAUUUAUUAUCUCAGUACAACCAGUUGAGUUGAAGUAAUUUUACUUCAUUGAAGAGGGUGUCAUAUUUGAGACUUAGUUGUUCAUCUUACUAUUUAUUUAUUCAUGUUUGUAAGUACUUUGACAGAAUUAGUGCUUUUUAAUAGUUUUUAAUAUACUUGAAAAAUCUUCUUCCUCUUUUGCAUACAAUAUGGGUACUUGUAAAACAGGUAAUUCAAAGUGGUCUCAAUGUAGUAGUCUAGACAGAAGAAACAAACUCUCAUCAAAAUGACAACUCUUCUGGAUGAAGAUCAAAAUGCAAAGGCCAAACUGUUGCUGUUGGUGGAAGUGGGUUGCAGCCAAAGAACCAAUUUCCAGUAGUCUUAUUGCUUAGUGUCCAGCAUGAAAGGACCUUUCACUUUGAACACAGAAAUUUAUCAAAAUGAAUCAGUUCAAUAAAUCUGAUGUUUGGGUGUCUUACUUGCAACACUGAAAUUAUUCCAUUCCACAAUUUGUUUUCUUUAAAGUUCUGAAGUCUUCAAAACUACCUUUUGUUGUUGUGUGGCACUUCAGGUACACAUUUCUAGUUUCAGCAUCCAUUACCAACCUCUGGCAGCAGUUGAAUAGCAGCUGUAUCAACACUGUGACCAGGCAUGUAGAGUGCUCCAGCCUUACCUUACACAUUUGUAACUUAAUACGGUGUUUUCAAUUUGUACAGAAUAGAUAGAAUAUUCUAUUAAAGUUGUGAAACAUGA